AUGUCGAAGCAACAAGCUCCCAAGCGCAGUACGCGAAAUAUCUCUAUUUCUGCCCAAAAUACACCAAUGAAAACGGAAGAAACGAAAAUAACAAAGAACGUAAAAACACCAAAGACAACAGUAAUGAAGGAAAACGGCGAAGACACGAAAUUGGAUGAAAUUUACGACAUGAUUAAGUCAAUGAUGAUGAAAUUGGAAGCCUUAGACAAGAUUGAAGAACGCAUGAAAACCGUUGAGAAUAAUGUGAUAGAAGUUAAAAAAUCAAUCGAAUUUGCGCACGCAGAAAUCAUUGAUUUAAAAGAUGAAACUCGUGAAAAUAAGAAAUGGCUGAAUGAAGCCCAAGCAAGAAUAGACAAUCUCGAGGAGACGAACCGGAAACUUCGAGACAGUGUAAUUGAUCUCAAAGCCAGAUCUAUGCGGGAUAACUUAUUAUUCUUUAAUAUACCAGAGGAAGAAAAUGAGGACACUACACAGAUGAUACACAAAUUAUUGGAAGAAAAAUUAGAAAUUCAAGACGCGACUCAUAGCAUCAAGAUUGAUCGAUCGCAUAGACUUGGCAAGCAACACCACAACCAACGCGGUAAGCCGAGACCUAUUGUCGCGAAAUUCAAUUUUUUUCAAGACCGUGAAAUGAUAAGGAAAAACGCGAAGAAAUUGAGAGGAACCAAAAUUGGGAUCUCUGAACAAUUUCCCGAAGAGAUUGAAGAAACCAGAAGAAAGUUGCAUCCAGAAAUGAGGAAAGCAAAAUUAGCUAAGAAGAGAGUGCGCCUGGUGCGCGACAGGCUGUUUAUCGAUGGUGUUGAAUUCAAGCAAAAUUAG